UCCCAUGGCCCGGGCUCUGGCAUCCAACCUGCUGCCGCUGCGGCCCGGCCGAGCGGAGCGAGCGCCGCGCGGAUCACACGCUCGCGCUCCAGCUCCCCUCCUGAGCGGUUCAUGACCGCGCGCCGCGACCGCAGCCUCCGCCCGCCUGCGCCGCCCGCCCGUCGCCGCGAGGACCCCGAGGGAAGGAAGGCAGGAAGGCAGGAGCGGCUGUGCGCCCCGCAGAGCCCGCGACGCCUGCCCGCAGCCGGCUGCCCGGCCCGGCUGGCACCAUGCUGCCCGCGCGCUGCGCCCGCCUGCUCACGCCCCACUUGCUGCUCGUGCUGGUGCAGCUGUCUCCGACUCGCGGCCAUCGCACCACGGGCCCUAGGUUUCUUAUAAGUGACCGUGACCCUCAGUGCAACCUCCACUGCUCCAGGACUCAACCCAAGCCCAUCUGUGCCUCCGACAGCAGGUCUUAUGAGUCCAUGUGUGAGUACCAGCGAGCCAAGUGCAGAGACCCGACCCUGGGUGUGGUACACCGUGGUAGAUGCAAAGACGCUGGCCAGAGCAAGUGUCGCCUGGAGCGGGCUCAGGCCCUCGAGCAGGCCAAGAAGCCCCAGGAGGCCGUGUUUGUCCCGGAGUGUGGCGAGGACGGCUCCUUUGCCCAGGUGCAGUGUCACACUUACACGGGGUACUGCUGGUGUGUCACCCCAGAUGGGAAGCCCAUCAGUGGCUCUUCUGUGCAAAAUAAAACGCCUGUAUGUUCAGGUUCAGUCACUGACAAGCCCUUGAGCCAGGGUAACUCAGGAAGGAAAGUCUCUUUUCGGUUCUUUUUAACCCUCAAUUCAGAUGACGGGUCCAAGCCGACACCCACCAUGGAGACUCAGCCGGUGUUUGAUGGAGAUGAAAUUACAGCUCCCACACUGUGGAUUAAGCACUUGGUAAUCAAGGACUCCAAACUGAACAACACCAAUGUCAGGAAUUCAGAGAAAGUCUACUCGUGCGACCAGGAGAGGCAGAGUGCCCUGGAAGAGGCCCAACAGAAUCCCCGUGAGGGCAUUGUCAUCCCCGAGUGUGCUCCUGGGGGGCUGUAUAAGCCAGUGCAGUGUCACCAGUCCACUGGCUACUGCUGGUGUGUGCUGGUGGACACAGGGCGCCCACUGCCUGGGACCUCCACACGCUAUGUAAUGCCCAGCUGUGAGAGUGACGCCAGGGCCAGGAGUGCAGAGGCGGAUGACCCCUUCAAGGACAGGGAGCUGCCAGGCUGUCCAGAAGGGAAGAAAAUGGAAUUUAUCACCAGCCUACUGGAUGCCCUCACCACGGACAUGGUGCAGGCCAUUAACUCCGCAACGCCUACUGGAGGUGGGAGGUUCUCAGAGCCAGACCCCAGCCACACCCUGGAGGAACGAGUGGUGCACUGGUACUUCAGCCAGCUAGACAGCAACGGCAGCAACGACAUUAACAAGCGGGAGAUGAAGCCCUUCAAGCGUUACGUGAAGAAAAAGGCCAAGCCCAAGAAGUGUGCCCGGCGCUUCAGCGACUACUGCGACCUGAACAAGGACAAGGUCAUCUCCCUGCCUGAGCUGAAGGGCUGCCUGGGUGUUAGCAAAGAAGGUAGUAGUCUUGGCAGCUUCCCCCAGCAAAAACAAGCAGGCACAAAUCCAUUCAGACGCCUCGUCUAAGGAGCAGAAAACCAAAGGGCAGGUGGAGAGACCAGGGAGGCAGAAUGGGUCAUCAGACGCCUAACCUUCGACGUUGCCCACGGCCCAGCCACACCCCAUGUAACAUAAGUGGUGCCCACCAUGUUUGCACUUUUAAUAACUCUUAUUUGUGUGUUUUCUUUUUGGCUUCAUUUUAAACACCGAUAUCUAAUUCCACAGUGGGAAAAGGAAAGGGAAGAAGACUGUUUUUUCUCUCUCUUGUAAGUGUUUGGAUCUGCUACUGACAACUUUUAGUUUUUUUGUGGGGGAGGGUGCUGUUGGGACACAGAAGAAAGAGAUUUAUAUACUGUACAUAAAUAUAUAUGUAAAUUGUAUAGUUCUUUUGUACAGGUGUUGGCAUUGCUGUUUGUUUAUCUCCCUCUCCUUGCUCUGGACACAUGGCUGAGCUUUCUAGAACCCAGGACUCUAUCCCCGGCCCACCUGGACUCCAUCUGGAGACUGAGCCCUGUGUGUGUAUAGAUGGGAGCCCUGUGAUUAUAUUGCAGACCCGUUGGUUCUUUUCUGGUGGGAGAGGGGCACCUCCCUUGCCAUAGCUGUCAGAGCUGACACAUCACGUGGCAGGUGGCCUUCGCAAGGGAGGCUGGGGUUGGACAGAUGGCAGUUGCCUCUGGAGGGAGGGCAGCAGCCAGCUCAGGUGCCAGCUCUCCCACGUCCCAUGUUCCUGCUCUCAGACCUGCGGAUGGCCCAGACUCGUGGGUGCCCCAGUAUCCUAGUGACCCACACACUGAGCAAAUUCUCCUCACAGGAGUUGCAUUAGAUUGGAUGAAACAUUUUCCCCCACAUUUAGCAUCUACUCUGUAGAGCAUGAGAAGGGAGGCAAAGAAGAAAAAGACACACAGUGGGGCCUUUUACUUAGUAGAUAUUACAUAGUUAAGCAGCGGAGGGAAGAGGCCAGAGAGCCGCGUUGGGAGCGCAGUGCUGACAGAGGGCUUCUCACCUCGGGCAGGCCCACACCGGAGGCCAGGGGCCAUCCCAGGUUCUCACCUCCCCUCUCCUUAUCCCCGCCUGCUGUGUCCUCGGAGGUCAUCACAAGCCUGAGGGAGAGUUGGCCCAGUCACCUUUUUGGUAACUCAGCGGUUUUAUUUUUUUAACCCAAUUCUGAGGUUCUUCCUAUUCCUGCAAAUGCUCUUAAGGGCUUCUAGGCUCAAGGCCAAUUUCAGAGCAAAACUGAAAAUCUGAGUUGCUAGACAAGCAGUAGGAAAACCUCCUACUUCUGCCUCCCCUAGAAGCGCAAGCAUAAAUACCCAGCUAUGGAGAGAUCCAGGCCUAGCUCUGUGCAGACAUGUUCCUGGGAUUCCAGUGGGGGGUGCCUGGCCUUGGGGCCAGGUGGGCAGUCUCAUCUGUCCAGGCGGCCAUGCCUGUUGGUGGACUGUGUCCCGUUUCCGGUCUGCAGGGUGCUGGCUGGCACGGUGAGGACCCGCGCGCUCACAGCCCAGCUCAGGCAGGAGCACAGCCUUUGCAGGGCGGCUCUGAUGGGGCCUCAGGCUAGAGAAGGUCCUGCUAUCUUGGUGGAAGUUAUAGAGGUUGUCUCAGGAGUGCUGGGGGCCCCAUCGCAGCAGCGUAAGGUCUCUAGAAGGGGGUUCCUCACCCAUUAGCCUGGACCAGGAUACUUAGUGUGCUGGAUCUCCUGUGGACCUUCCAGGAGACCCCAGCCCCUCUCCAGCCUGAAUGAAACAUGUAAACACAGAGAAGGUGCCUCCUUAUAGAAGUUCAAAAUCCUUCCCAGGCAUAUUCUCUCCCCCAUGUGUGCCUAGGCUGUGUUGUAUGGUUUUCCUUUGUGAGGACUGAGGGAGACUAUUUGUAGCUUGUGUUAUAAAAAAUAAAAAUGAGUAAACCUUG